CCAUGGCAUCGCAUCUCAGAAGACUGACAUAUGCAAAACAUCGUUAUUUUCGUCUCCUUAACAGAGAAAGAAGCAUUUCAUUUCCACAUCAGUUCAAACGACAAUACCAAGACACUAACAAACAAGAUAUAGAAGAUGAUCCAGAUGACUUUCAUCAUGAGGAUGUGAAAAAUGAGCAGUAUCCAGGACAUAUCCCAACGUCAUUUUUCCAGAAAGCUCUUCUCACUGUGGGAUCAGCAUCCAUGUGUUUAUAUGAUCCCUAUCGUGAUGAUAUGGUAGCUACACUAGGGGAGGUGAGUGGUGCCAUGGCCAUUAAGAGGUUGAAAGAAAAGAUGGAAGAAGACCCUGUGGGGAGACUCAUCUUGGAGGAACAGCCCGUCAUCAAUACUGACACUGUGUCCAUAGAGUACCUGGGAAGUCUGCCUAAGGGCACAUUGGGAAAAGAGUACUGGAAAUUCCUGAGCAAAAAUGGGUUUUCUCCAGAUUCUCGCAUGCCUGUACAGUUCAUUGAUGAUCCUACCUUAAAGUAUGUGAUGUUGCGAUACCGCCAAACCCAUGACCUAUACCAUUCUGUGCUGGGCAUGAAACCUACCAUUCUUGGCGAAGUUGUUGUCAAGUGGGUUGAGACCUUCCAGACUGGACUUCCUAUGUGUGCACUGGCGGCAGUAUUUGGUCCCCUUCGUCUAAGCCAAGAACAUCAGAAAUUAUAUUUAGAGACUUAUCUCUCUUGGGCUAUACGGACAGGAAGAAAUGCCAAGUUUCUCAUGGCAGUUUACUGGGAAAAAGAGUGGGAGAAAGACUUGGAUCAGCUCAGGACAGAACUUAACAUAGAGCCACCUCCUGUUCUCAAAUAAACACCCUUAUGUGUAAGACAUUCACCUACAGAAGGACACAGCUCCACUUACAGCACCCUCCUGUCAUCAGAUAUCAUCCUCAUCUGUAGAAAAUUCAUCUGGAGUGAGACAGCUCAACAUACAGCCUGCUGUCUUCAAAUAGCAUCCUCAUGUGUAUUCACCUUAUGAAGGACAGAGUUCAACAUGGAUCUACUUCAUGUAGGACAUUCAACCUAAGUUAAUGAUAGAUAGCUCUUCUGUAGAAAGAUUGUCCAUUUUUUUUAAUCACAAAAUUGAAAUGUGUGGUGUGUAAAUAUGUGAAACUCCGAGAUGAAUUAUUUAAAUAAUCUUAUUGAAAUGUUGGUAAGUUAUUAGUUUAGAAACCUUUUAUUGAACAUAAGUGGAUACCUGUUUCCUUCUACUCAUUUAAUGGCUCGAAGUCAAGAAUCAUUGGUCAAUCAGAGGAAGUUUGUAUUACAAUACGCCUAAUACAUUGUUGUAAUAGACUUGAAGCAGGGAUUCAAUGAUAGAUGUCGACUGAAAUGGGUUAAAGUCAGUUAGAUUCAGUGAAAUACUAUGAAUUGGAUAUGGACUGGUUUGUUCCUGUUUAAACAAAAUGCAUGUUUGUGUUAAGUUUUAAAUAAAAUCAUAUGAUAACU